AUGGUUCUGCGCCUGAACCGAUUUCUUUCCGCCGAAGGCUUCGAGUUGGGGAAUCAUCCUCCUCCGACGAUUCCAUCAGUAUCCAGUGAAGAUUUAAAGAAGAUGUACGAUAUGAAGUGUGCUUUCUGUUUCUACUCCAACCGCAACGUAUUCGUAAUGGUAAAUGUCAAGCUGGAGGAGACUACCAGCAAGCAAGAGAUGCUCAACAUGCACUUGAAACUUGAGAAAGGCGAACUCGAUGACCUGUUGGCUUCGAUCACUGAAGGGAGGAGUCUACAAGCUCAGACGGGGAGACGGCUUCUAUACAUGCAGUUGCCCUCAUGGUCAAAAGAGUAUAAAACAGUGCAAACACACCAUUCUGAUGUACUAUUAUCUAAUACAAAGUAA